CUUUGUUGAUGCGAGUCUCCUCCAGUCCGUCACUGGAAUCCCUGGCUUGACGGUUGCGAGUGCAACCUCUUCGCAUCAGGGUUGAUGCCUCUGGUGGCUUUUCGCUUAGGGAGACGCAACAGAAUAUAGAAAAAACUUUGCAUCUCCCAGACCUGCUCUGGAUUUACCUGCUCCCACCAUUACUUCGGCCGGACAAACCAAACAAAAUGUCUCGGCGGAAAGUGAGGGGCCUGACUCGCACCGGCCGCCAGGUCAGCGAGGACCCAGACCUGGACACCCUGCUCUCCACCCUCUCCCCUGAGGAGAUGGAGCAGCUGGACGAGGACUUGAAGAAUGUGCCAGACAUCAACCAAGAGGAUGGGAAGACCGUCGCCCAAGGGGAGAGCCAGUCGGCACAGCCACCUCUGAGCAACAGUGUCGCGGACUCAGCAACACACGGUGAUGCCAAAAAGAGGCUCAGUCAGAGGGAGCAGUCGUUUGAGGGUGAGCCGAAGAAAGCGAGCCGGAAGUCUGAAUAUCUGAGGAAGAUGGGUCUCAGCCAGGAGGCAAACAGUGACGUGACCGCAGGGGUGCGAAGGCAAUCUAGCGUUUCGAGUGCAAGAGAGAACAAGGAAGAGGACAGAAACUCCAAAGGCCCGGAAGGUUCCAAAGAGGAGCAAAGUUGGCGCUCGAGUAGAAGCAGGAAGCAGGAAGACGCAGAGAACGGCGCAAAGAUGGACGCCAGCGAGAAAGAGAAACAUGAGGACAGCAGGUUGAGAGACAGAAGAGAAAACAGAGAGAGCACAGGCAGCAAAACGAGGGAUAUGAUUUCAAAGUUGCAUGAAAAAAGAGAUGACGUUAAAGAAAAAGAAAGGAAAGAUGACUACAGGAAAAGAGACGACAGCAAAACCAAAGACAUUAUCUCAAAGCUGCGGGAAAAAAGUGAGAAGGACCUGGGGAGGGAAAGGGAGAGGAAAUCUGAGGGCGUCAGGACACAAGGACUUGUCUCUAAAAUGGUUGAGAAGCAGGGCAAAGCACCAGAGAGCCAGGAUCAAGAGAGUAAAUCAGAAGAGAAGAAGCCUAAAGCAGAGGGCCGUAACAAGCCCGAUGCCAAACUCCAACGCCAAUCAUCUGACAAGAGUGAGGUGCAAGUGAAACGUGACGGUACAGAAUGCAGAAGUGAUCGGGAAGAGCUGGUUAACCACCGGGAUCCUGUGAAAGAGAAUGAUACAGAGAUUAACACGGAGAAGAAAGCCAAGGAGAAUGUGGAAAAAGAUGAGAUUAAAGAUGAUAUUAAAGGAAAACUAAAGGAAACACAGAAACUUGGUAACUGUGUGGCCAAAAACAGCCCGAACAGCAAGGUGAAGCAGGAAGAGGAAGAGGACGAAGACUCCAGCAUGUUUGAUGAGCUGAUGCAGCAGGUUCGAAGCAACGACGCCUCCCUCACCGAGCUCAACGUCAACAACUCUGAGGUCAUCAAGACCAAAACUCUCAUCGAAUUUGCAGAGGCUUUGCACCACAACGCCCACGUUAAGGCGUUUGCUCUGGCCAACUGCCGCGCAGACGACCAUGUGGCCAUUGCCAUCGCCAAAAUGCUACGCAGCAACAAAUCUAUCACCAGCGUCAACAUUGACUCCAACCAUCUCACCGGCAAGGGCAUCCUGUCCCUCAUCCAGUCGCUGCUGCACAACUCCACGCUGACCGAGCUUCGCUUUCAAAACCAGCGCCACAUCUGCGGAGGGAAGACCGAAAUGGAGAUGACCAAGAUCCUCAAAGACAACACCACACUGCUCAAACUGGGCUACCACUUCGAGUUAGCCGGGCCCAGGAUGACCACCACCAACAUACUGAGUCGCAAUAUGGACAGACAGAGGCAGCGGCGCCUGCAGGAACAGAAGCAGGCCCAGGCCAACGGGGAGAAGAAGGGGACACUGGAGGUACCCAAGAACGGAGGUGGAGGACCCCUGAGGGGCUCGCCCAGGUCCUCCCCCAAACCCUCUCCCAUGCCUUCCCCAAUGCCUUCACCCAAGCUGGCUCUGAGGAAAAGAAAUGCAGGUCCUGCUCCGCCACCUCCACCUCCUCCUCCUGGGGGAGGAGGACCUCCACCUCCUCCACCUCCUACGUUGGACGGAACCCGCCUAAGCAUCGGUAGCAAGAACUCAAGGGACCAACUGCUAGCCUCGAUCCGAGGUAGCAAUGUGAAACAACUGAAGAAGGUGCCGGUGCCAAAGUGGCUGCAGUAGCGUCAUCCCGGUGGAAAGUAAAGCGGACAAGAAGCAAGGGAGAGCGGACAUCUCACCAUAGGUGUAAUUGGAGAUAAACUCGACGUUCCCACAGCCGGCUGAGGAGCUGUGCAGUGGGACAAACAUGAGACGGUUGGAUGACUUGCCCUCACAAUGAGUUCUCCCUUCAAACACUGGACCAAAAGGACUCUGCAGAGAAUGAGAUGCAGGGCUUUCUGUAGACCAACUACCAAGAGUGCCACGAGCUUGGGGCUUUAUGUCUUCAGUUAUUGAUGCUUUUUUUUUUUUGCACUAGGUUAUAUGAAGCCAAUCAUGCAACAUGUUGGUUUAUAUAUAUAUGCAUCUGAAUGUGAGCAUGUGAUAAGCUUAGAUUCAAGUAACUUUUUAUAAAAAAAUCUCUUAUAAAACAUCUAUUAUUGAUCAUCUUAAUUUGACCUUUUUAUUUAUUAGUGGAGGGGGAAAGUCCACUUUAAACUGGUUGGCUGUAAGUCCAUUCAAACUGGGUGGAAAUAUCAGGGAAUUAAUAAACACGGCGACCUGACUUAACGAGAUAAAAGUAGCCCGUGAAAGUGAGUCACAUUGUCAAAUCUCAAGACAUCUCAGGCAGCCUUGGACAGCAGCCCAGUGGAAUCCCAGCACACGAUGGAUUAUUGGUGGGGAAAUAACUAUAUGAUAAUAAUCAAUCCUGAAGAACAAACGGCUGUCCUUCGGUGUUUAAUGUUGCAUUUUGUACUGAAUCAUUUUAGCCUGAGUGUUUGACUUUCUUACAUAACUUUUAUGUAACACAGCUACAUGUCUGAACUUAACUGGCGUUAGGGGGUUUGUUAACGCCUUAUAAGUGAAUGUCAUGCUGAGACGAUCUUUGAUAAGUGAACAUAAAUCAGGGUGGCCUAAAUAAGGACACGUGUCUCACUACACAUGACUUUCCGAAAGAGCCUGUAUGUCUUCAAUAAAACACUCUGUUAUGUGUGCACGUGUAAUGU